AUGACUGUUGAUAACUCGUUUGAGACCCUCUUUGCAGUUCCGCUGUCAUGUGACGGCUGUAUCAAAGCAGUUUCAGACUCUUUGUAUAAGCUCGGCGGUAUCAAGAAUGUUGAGGGCAACCUGAAAGACCAACUAGUAUCCGUCAAGGGCACUGCUGCCCCAUCAGCUAUUGUGGAGGCUAUCCAGGCAACUGGUAGAGAUGCUAUCCUACGUGGAUCAGGAGCUUCAAACAGCGCUGCUGUCAGUAUUCUAGAAACGUUUGAAGAUCCCGUCGAUGGUCUUUACGAGGAACCAAGCCGGGAUGUUAGAGGGUUGGCAAGAAUGGUCCAAGUUAGCUCAGGGCGAACACUGGUCGACUUGUCUAUCCGCGGUGUCUCGCCUGGAAAAUAUCGAGCAUCAAUUCGCGCAUACGGCGAUUUAAAGAACGGUGCAACCUCGACAGGACCCGUAUGGUCAGGAGAAGACAAGAAGCUUCGAGGAGACCUGGGUCUUGUUGAGGUUGGCAAGGAUGGCAGAGGCGCUUCAUUUGUGGACCAUGAGUUCCAAAUCUGGGAAGUUAUUGGGCACGCCAUGGUCCUAACAAGACAAGAAGAAAAGGCUGAGCCCCUGAAGAAUGAUAAGGAUACCGUUGUAGGCAUCAUCGCACGAAGUGCUGGUAUGUGGGAUAACGAUAAGACGGUGUGUUCUUGUACCGGCAAGACGCUCUGGGAGGAGCGCAAGGAUGAGGUCAAGAAGGGAAUGCUAUGA